CACGUUGAACUUGCGCACAUCAUCUGGCGAACUUGCCUCUCUUCUAAACCACAGACAACCAAUUAUUAUUAGUUGUCAGCGGCUAAGCACGUCGGAAAUUUGGCGAGUAUGAUAAGAAUUGUGUGGUUUGUUAUAAAUAUAUGCUAUCAACACACUCAAGUAGGACUACAGAUUGCCCUGGCAUGGCCAGUCGAUACCAUUGUCACCGUCCUCCAACGCUAUUGUCUAAAGAGACUUCUAAUACCGAAAACUUCCAUUAUACGCCUGAAAGCAAGUUUCACAGUAAUCUCCUUCCAUAAUGUGUAUAUUAUUUUUCAAACUGGAUGUCAAUCCACCGACUGAUGGUUAUAAGUUAAUACUGGCAUCAAACAGAGAUGAGUAUUUAGAUAAGCCGACUAAACCGGCGUCCUGGUGGCAAGAUCAUCCUCAUAUUCUAAGCGGGUUAGAUAUGCGAAAAGGCCGAGUUGGUGGUACAUGGUUGGGCAUCUCCAAGGAAGGAAGGCUAGCGUCAUUGUUGAAUAUUUUACAACCUCAACUGGACCGGAAUGCAAAAGGAAGAGGUCCACUGGUCCGCAAUUUUAUUAAGAGUGAUGUAGAUUGUUUACCAUAUUUACAGGAGAUUGCGAAAGAAGGUCAACUUUAUAAUGGCUUUAAUUUAUUAGUAAUGGAUCUCCCCAGAUCCAAUUCGAUACCUCAGAUUGGUUACUAUAGCAACAUGAGUGGAAAGGAUCCUGAAUUAUUAACUCCAGGAAUCCAUAGUCUAUGCAAUGCAAUCAUUGAUAAACCGUGGAAAAAAGCCAUCGUGGGAAAAAGGAAAUUUGAAGAAAUUGUGAACAGUGCCACCAAACGCACAGAAGAGAAAUUAGUUGACCAAUUAAUUGAGUUUCUGAAUGAUGAUACUCCACAUCCAGAGCCCCAGAUCAACAUUCAGUGCAAUGGUGAACUGACACUGAAACAACAACAGGAACGAAGCGCUGUCUGUGUGAAGUCCCCUGACCUAAGAUGUGGCUCAAGGACAAAUACCAUAAUUCUGGUGAACGCUGCAAAUAAAGUCAAGUAUGUGGAACGAACAUUGCAGGAACCAAUUGACAUUGAGAAUUUAAAAUGGCUGCGAAAUAAUUAUGAUUUUAAUCUGAGUUCUGCUUCAUCCUCGUACUAAAGAAGUGUUAUGCAUAUUCCAAUUUUCAACUUUCAAUAAAAUAAAAUUUCUAGUAGGGUCUGCCCUUAUUACAAGUGCAAACCAAUUAAAUUUUGGUACAGAUGGGGAUGUGGUUACCAUGGAAACAUCAAUUUCGAGAAUGAUUUUAUCAAUGGAUUUACAUACAAUUUUCAGGAGAAAUCAUCCUCAAUAUGGACCAGUCGAAUUUAGAGAUUGAGAUGUGGUUGCCAUAUAAACAAUAAUGUUGGCAAUUUUACAUUUAUAACACAAACAAUUAUGAGAUAAUUAACAUUAAAUGUUGGUAGUAAUUUAAAUCGUGUUUUAAAGGGGGCAGUAAAAUUUAAAGCAGAAAA